AUGGGUUCUCAUAUCUGUUAGAACGUAUAGCCUUCAUUUGAAGAUUAAAUUACUCAAGAAAAGAAAGUCAAAAUAAAUAUCCAUAAACCUCCAUAAAUAUAAAAACCAUAGCCAAUAGUAAUUUUACUGUUCCCUGAAGAAAACACUAUAAUUGAGAAAGAACGAAUGAAUUCGUUACCAAAAUAAAAUUCUUUAGAUAAUACUCUUACUAAAUAGGAAUAAAAUAAUAAUAAUUGUGAUCCUUUAGAUAUUAAUCUAAUAAAUGCCUAAAAUGAUCAAAUAGAACUAUAAAAUAAUUCAAGAGAAGAUUCUAAUAGUGGAUUAUAAGAAGGUAAUUACUAAUUAUCAAUAAUAUAGUAAAACACAAAUCUAUUCUAAAAAAUAAAGUAAUGAUUGGAUCUAAUUCUUCAAGUCCAAAGAAUGUGUAAAAAGAUAAUGAAUCUAUUGGAUCUCAAAGAUCAAUAAAAAAAGUUACCUUCGAUAAAAAAUAAAAAGCUAUAUAUAGUAGUUUUAGAAAACUUAAGGCUUGA